GAAGAAUCCUGGCGGCGGUUCGCUCGCUCCAGCCGUCUCGUGGUGUCAACGGAAUGGCGAUCGCCAUCGUCGUCUUUGUCUUCGUCUUCGCUUUGAUUUGCUUUUUGUCAGUGCACCACAAGUCGUACGAGGAAAUAAUUCAUCGAGCUCAAUCGUAUUGUGAUGUUGUUUGGAUAAAGUAAUGGAGAAGGGAGAGGAGAGAACAAGAAAACGCCUGCUCCUUCCGCAUCCUUAUCCACUGAGAUGCACCUGAUGUUAUAAUAUUAGGGUCAAAGUGGAUGCGUUUUGGGGAAAUCUGCGGGGGGAUUCUUUUCUGCCCCAUUCAAAGUCCAAUCAUUUGCGUGAGGAGGAAGAGGCGAGACGGCGGCAGAAGCAAACGGCAUUAAAACGAGGCUGCUUCGUACAAGAAAAAGGCGAGCAAAACAAAAAGAUGCAUUCUUUGUCUUCAUUUCUGCGAGAUUUCGACCCUCUGUUCCUGAGAGAUCUCGAAGCUUAUUGCCACUAUGAACCCUUCUCGAUCUGAAACUAUGAGUCAUAGCAAUUCUGCUACGACUAUGAUAGACCAGCAAGUUUACAAGGAGAAAGGCGAUUGUGUUCAACUGUUCAUGAAAAAUCUUGCUUGGAUGUUGCGUGACUAAAAGGAUUAGCAAGUUUUUUUUCCCACCGAACCUUUCUUGAUUUGAAACCCAUGAGCUAUAGCAAUUUGGCUACGACUCCGAUAGAUGAGCAUGAUGCUCUAUGCAAGAACCAGCAAGUUUACCGAGAGACAAUUGCGAUCAACUAACUGUUCAUGAAAAAUCUUCUUUUGAUGUUGCGUGUAGGAAAGGAAGACUGAGAGGGAUUCUGUAGGAAAGGAAGACUGAUAAUGGGAAGAUGGGAUCCUAAUGGAACCCCAAAAAGGUAGAUUUUUGUCCUAUGGGGAGAAUAAGGACUAAAACACACGACUACAAGGUCACUUCCCAGUAAUUUUGCUUAAGAAACUUAGCCAAGUUAGAUGACUGUCAUGUCCAUAGUCGAUGAUGUAUAUUUUAAUGCUUAAGCUGCUGUUGUAUUUAAGAUUACUUUCUUAAACUGAAAGGAAAAUUGCCUCCUAUUUCUAUUGUGUAUCAUCCUGCAAUUGUAUUUGCUAUUUUUGCUCUCUUCUCUCUUUCAGUGUUGGUUGGCUCAUAAACAGUACAUGGUUGUUUUUGCAUAUUCAUAGCUUCAAGGAAGACUCGAUUCAACAGCUUUUUGAGUAAGAGGCAUUGGUCGAAAGCAUGAGUAGCCACAAUCUGGUUGCAGUGAAAGCAAAUGAUUCUCCUGAAGCAGCUAAACGUUCUUUCCAUGCUUCAUCUUCAGUGGUUCAGUUUCCUAAACAAAACGAUCACCAUAAACGGUUGGGUAAAAGCUCGUCCGUCGCCAGCACCUCCUGCACGUCAACUGUGCUGCUAAAUUCAUCAGACAUCCUUGACUAUGUUCCUAUGCCUUUGAAAUCAAACCAAGAGUCUGAAUCAGAAGGUACUUUAUCUUGUGGAUCUCAACCACAAUAUUCAGAUAACAGUUUCACCAAUUCACCUACACUUCAUGCGAGUCUCAUCUCUUCGCCGACCAGAAUCUCAGACUCUUGUGGAAAACUAAGUAACUCACACUUCCUUCCUCAAUUUGUGGAAUGUAAACCGCAGAACACGGCUGUUCAAUCUUCUAACUCAUCAAUGUUGUCGAGUGGCAAUGCGAGUGGCAAGGGUGAACACACAGAUGAUUUGACAAUGGAUUUCGCUUAUUUGUGUGGAGAUGCUUCAGAUGGUAGCAUUCAUGGAGAAAAUUAUUUUUUCAAUGACUUUGCAUUUACUGAGCAAAUGGAAUUGCAAAUCUUGUCGGAACAACUUGGUAUUGCCAUCACUGACAAUGGGGAAAGCCAUUGUUUAAAUGACAUAUAUGACCAACCGCAGGUCACAUCUACUCCGUUACCUUCCAACUACAACAAAAAUGCUGAGCCCUUAACGUCUUCUGCUGAAGUCCAAUUGCAUUCAUCUCCUUCCGCCUCAAUUUCAGCUCCAAAUAAAAAAAGACUAAGAUGGACCUUGGAGCUCCAUGAUAGAUUUGUGGAAGCAGUCAACAAGCUCGAUGGAGCUGAGACAACUCCAAAGGGCAUUCUAAAGCUUAUGAAUAUGGAAGGUUUGACGAUUUUCCAAGUAAAGAGCCAUUUGCAGAAAUAUCGACUUGCUAAAUACGUCCUCGAGAAGAAAGAAGAGAAAAAAACUUCAUGUAUCGAAGACAAGGCGCCGCCAACUAAUGAUGACAGUGACUUGGCCACAAAGAGGAGCAAAGAAGUUACAGAGGCUCUACGGCUGCAAAUUGAGGUUCAAAAGCAGCUGCACGAACAACUAAAGGUUCAACGAGAACUUCAGCUACGCAUCGAGGAAAAUGCCAAGUACUUGCAGCAGAUCAUAGAAGAGCAGCUGAAGGCAAACAACUACGAGUCAGUAGAAGAACUGGAAAUUGAGCAGCAAGGGCCUUCCUAAAAUCUCUGCAACCAAAUUGUUUCUUGUGUUUAUUGAUGCCUUUUUCAUUGAUUUCUUGGUGGUGUUGGGCAUGGAGGAUUGGAGUGGAGGUGAUGUAUCCAUGCAUUAUUCUUAGUCAAUUAUUAAACAAAAUUCUGUAAAGAUGUCCAUAGUUGUGCACUAAUUUUAAAUUUUUUGUCUAUAUAAAAUUGUAUAAUGUGUUUUAAAAAACAAGUGUAUAUGUUCUGGAUAA